GACAUGAAGAACAACCGGUUUCGGAAAGAUAUGAUGAAAAACGCCAGCGAGAGUAAACUUUCAAAAGAGAGGCUUCAGCAGAGACUUAAAGAAGAAUUCCAGCAUGCCAUGGGGGGAGUACCAACCUGGGCAGAGACGAGUAAACGGAAGACAUCUUCGGAGGAUGAAAGUGAAGAGGAUGAAGAUGAUUUGUUGCACAGGACUGGGAAUUUCUUGUCCACAUCAUCUUCUCUCCCAAGAGGAAUCUUGAAGAUGAAGAACUGCCAGCAUGCUAACGCCGAGAGGCCUACCACUGCCCAGAUCUCGUCGGUCCAGUUCCAUCCCUGUGCCCAGGUUGUGAUGGUUGCUGGCUUGGAUAACGCCUUUUCACUGUUUCAGGUUGAUGGCAAAACAAACCCUAAAAUCCAGAGCAUCUAUUUGGAAAAGUUUCCAAUCUUCAAAGCUUGUUUUAGUGCUAAUGGGGAGCAGGUUUUAGCCACGAGCACUCACAGCAAGGUUCUGUAUGUCUAUGACAUGCUAGCUGGGAAGUUAAUUCCUGUGCAUCAAGUGAGAGGUUUGAAAGAAAGAAUAGUGAGGAGCUUUGAGGUCUCCCCAGAUGGCUCCUUCUUGCUUAUCAACGGCAUAGCUGGCUAUUCACAUUUGCUGUCAAUGAAGACCAAGGAGCUGAUUGGUAGCAUGAAGAUUAAUGGAACAGUUUCAGCGUCCACAUUUACUUCAGAUAGUAAGAAAAUAUACACCUAUUCUGGGGAUGGAGAAGUUUAUGUUUGGGAUGUGAACUCUAGGAGAUGCCUUAACCGGUUUGUUGAUGAGGGCAGUUUACGUGGAUUAAGCAUCGCCACGUCGAGGAAUGGACAGUAUGUGGCCUGUGGUUCCGGUUGUGGAGUGGUAAACAUAUACAAUCAAGAUUCAUGUCUCCAAGAAACAAACCCAAAGCCAAUAAAAGCUGUAAUGAACUUGGUAACUGGUGUUACCUCCCUGGCCUUCAAUCCUGCUUCAGAAAUUUUGGCAGUUGCUUCAGAAAAAAUGAAAGAAGCAGUCAGAUUGGUUCAUCUUCCAUCCUGUACAGUAUUUUCUAACUUCCCAGUUGUGAAAAAGAAGAAUAUUUCUCAUGUCCAUUCCAUGGAUUUUUCUCCCAGAGGUGGCUACUUUGCUUUGGGUAAUGAGAAGGGCAAGGCCCUGAUGUAUAGGUUGCACCAUUACUCAGACUUCUGAAGAGAUUAUUUGAAAUCCAGUUGAACGACAGAGGAAGCCUGUCCUCAUAUUUCUUCUCAGAAACUUGAAUGUGAUGAUGUGUGGAUAACGAUUUGUGGAGCCAGCUGUGUUUAAGUUAACAGUGUUGUCAAUAAAGUUGGAGGC